UUUGAAGGAGGAGGUUUUGCAUUUUCAUCCACUUUUCCCUCCCAUUUUCUCCCUCCCAAUCUCCCAACUUUUCUUCUCGGCUUUGAUUUUUGCAAAACAAAGAAAAAGAAUGAAGGUCAAGAUUCUGCAUGGCAUGCUGUUGCAUCAUGGACAUGGGAUGCGCAAGAUGAGACGUGUGGGAUUUGUCGGAUGGCGUUUGAUGGUUGUUGUCCUGAUUGUAAACUUCCCGGGGAUGAUUGCCCUUUGAUCUGGGGUGCUUGCAACCAUGCAUUUCAUCUUCAUUGCAUUUUAAAGUGGGUCAACUCACAGACUCCUCAAGCCCAUUGUCCAAUGUGCCGAAGGGAGUGGCAGUUUAAAGGAUGAGUUUAGUCUUAGUUCUAUUCCCGCUGUGUUUGUUCUUCUAUCUCACUUUCCUGGUACAUCUUAUUGAGCAAAAAAUUAAGGCACCGUUCUCCCCAAAAGAAACAAAAAAGACAUGAUGGUUAUUUAUUGUACUUGUGGUGAGAUCUUAAACAUGAACAUGUGGUUUCAUGUACAUGCUAGUUAGCAACCCAAUUAUUUUCUUGUUUGAGGGUUGUUGGAAUUUUGUAUUUUGCUUGCAAGCUCUAAAAAAAAUAUAUAAGCCACUUAUCCAAGAGUGAUUGCUGUGGUUCAUUCACCAGUUGUGGAUGUUGAAAGAACGAUGGAUAUACUUUUGAGGUUCAGCUCUGAUGCAUUUCCAAACAAUUCUAAGGUCCUGAUUUCUA